AUGCCUCCUCCGAUUGCCUCACAGCCUUCGCAGGCCAAAGGCCCCCCUCUGUCAAGCCAACCCGCCCCCAAGCACCCCGUACAACUCUCCCCGGAGCACCACACCAUCAUGCUCCGUCACAAGCUCUCACCACCAACAAUCCACGCCCUCACCCGCCUACCCCGCGCGCCUUCCCCCGAAGAAAUCCUCCGCUGCGCCUCCUCCGCCACCGAAUUCCGCUCCUUCACCUUCCACCCCCAAGAGAAGGGCGCCUUCUCCCGCAUCAACAACGACCCCUCCACCCGCUGGCCCGUCCGCGAGACCCUCGCCCAGCCCUGGCAGAAGGUCUACCUCGUCGCCCAGUGCGAGGCCGCCGGCCGCGACUACGGCGACCGUCUGCCCCUCGCCGCUCGCCAGGACCUCCUCGCCACGAAACCCCGCAUCGUCAAGACGCUCGGCCACGUCCUCCGCGCAUGUGCCGAUAUCAUGGGGGCCGCCACGCGGAAGGACGCCGCCGGGCUACGCCGGACCCUCGAGCUUUGGCGUGCCGUCGCCGCGGGCAGCUGGGAGGGCAUGCCCACAGAGCUGCUCCAGAUCCCCGACAUCGGCCCGAAAAGGGUUGAGGUUCUUGUCGAGCACGGCAUCAGAACCGUCCGCCAGCUUGCGAAGCUUGAGUUCUUCCACAUUGAGCGGCUGCUCUCUCGGAACCCUCCUUUUGGGCAGAAGAUUGUCCGCACUCUGGGGCACUUUCCCCGAUUGGUGCUCCAUCUCGAUAUCCCAAAGAGAGACCACGAGCGUGGCCUUAUCGUGAGGGCUGUGUUGGGCUGUUCGAAUGCUGAGGUGCCAACAUGGAAGGGUACAGUGCCUUUGGUGAACCUGGCCGCAGAGACGACCGACGGCAAGCUCGUGUUCUUUUGGAGAGGGCGAGCUGGAGGAUUGAUGUCCGCCAAAGAGCUGGUUUUUCCGGUGCAGGAGGCUCUGUCGGGCCAGACCAUCUUCGUGUGGGCGAGUUGUGAGGAGAUUGCCGGGACGGUGGUGACGGCCGAAAAGGCUAUUGAGAUUUGA